AUGGAUGCACAGUUUGUCAGCAAAGGAAGUGAUAUUAUGGACUGCAGCAGCUUCUCCUUUCCGCAGUGCUACCCACUACUUGCUGCACCGGAGAGUCUGCCGGAGAGCCUGGGGCUGUCCACUCAGAGUCCGGUGAUUCCUAGUCUGAUGUGCGGGAAACCCUUGGACGUCUGGUCAUUUGUGUUUGUAAUAUGGCAGAUCAUCACAGGAAAGGCCAUGCACGUCGUCGUGCAGGCAUUCAUCUACCCAAACCCCGACCAAACGUUCCCUGAGCAGCCUACAGAUCCCAAUGUGGUAGUGCACGGCAUGAGCAAAGAAUUACACGGGCUCAUGACAGACUGCUGGUCUCUCGAUCCGGCAGAGCGACAAUGA